AACACCUUUUCUGCAAAGUGAAGUCGCAAAAUGCUACCAUAUGCAGAAUGAAAGCACCGCUUUCAUUUCGUUUGAGCCUACGUCUAUCUUGUUUGUUUGUUGUUUACGGAGCUUCAAUGUCGCUGUAUAUGACUUAUGAGUUGCAACGAAGGAUGGAAAAAGAAAAACCGAGUGUGUUCAAGUGCUCUAUUUGGUGACUGAAACGAUUUCUGGGAUCCAUGUAGAGACGCGUUUGACCGUACUUUUUUGGCGUAAACAAAACGUUGUUGUUUUUAGGAUAUUUUAUCUUCAUCUCUUAUAUAUAUUUCCAGUGAAAUAGCUGUGCUUUCUUCACUGGUUUGGAAGACGUUGAUUCUGUUUUGUUAUUAAGGGCUUUCGUAUUUUUGGUCGGUGAUCUAUAAUGGGAAACGGUGGUUUUAAGGGCCUUUCUAAGCCUUUUCAUCGUAUAUUCAUCAAUAAAGAAAUGCGUAUUCUGAUGCUUGGUUUGGAUGCUGCUGGCAAAACAACAAUACUUUACAAACUAAAACUCAACCAGAGCGUUGUAACUAUACCAACUGUAGGUUUCAAUGUCGAGACAGUCACCUACAAAAACAUCAGAUUCAAUGUUUGGGAUGUGGGCGGUCAAGAUAAAAUCCGUCCUCUUUGGCGACACUACUUUACCGGUACAAAAGGCCUCAUCUUUGUGGUGGAUGCGGCCGAUAGCAAUCGUCUAGUAGAAGCACGUCAAGAGUUGCAUAGAAUUAUUUCCGACCGUGAAAUGCGAGAUGCCCUUCUCUUGGUAUUUGCCAAUAAGCAGGAUUUGGGAAAUGCUCUUUCACCCCUUCAAAUCACAGAAGUUCUCCAGUUAGACAAGUUGAAAGACCGUCUUUGGAACGUUCAGCCAACUUGUGCUUUGACUGGAGACGGCUUACUAGAAGGGUUAGCUUGGCUAAGUCAAAACGCAAAACUCAAGUAAACAUUGACUUUUCCGUAAAAUUUUUUCCUUCUUUCGUGUCUUCUAUCGUUUGGUUUUUUUUUGGCUAAAGCAUAACUUGCUUUCUUCUAAAUAUCGAUUUUAUGGAACCUAUCUUUGUCUUUAUACCAUCUCCUUUCUCUUAUAGCCAUAUGAUAUCGUUUCUUUGGAAUGUCAUUCUUUUUUGGUUGCUUUUUUAAUUUUAUAUUACUUAUUUUUUGCAUUCCCUUUUGUACUUUAUGCGAUCGUUUCUAUCCUUGGCUUUUUAAUCUCAGUCGCGAAUAUCCUUGCUAUACCUGUUCAUAGUUCCGUGUAUAUAAUCUGCUCUCAAUACCUAUUGUUUUUAAUUCCACA